AUGGCACUCUCUCAGCUAGCCGAUGACGAAAGGAAGGAGUUUCCACUUGCUGCACUCGUACUAAGGAAAUCAUUUAACAUUGAUGAUGCCCUCUGCGGAGCGCAUACAAUCGAAGGGGCACAGUCAUUGUGUCAAGAACUGUUGAGUUUACUUAAGCGUGGUGGCUUCAAUGCACAUAAGUGGUGCUCAAAUGAUCCCAUCAUCCUACAGGAAAUUCCGAAACACCUCUGGGGUACUACUUUUGACGUUGAAGAUGCCCUUAAUACGGAAAUUGUAAAAACUCUUGGAGUAGUGUGGAAUGCUCCUCUCGACUGGUUAUCGUUUCGGAUUCAGCCACUUGAAGAACCAAUCCAGACAGUAACUCGCAAGAAGGUGCUCAGUGAAAUAGCAAAAUUCUUCGAUCCACUGGGUUUAGGCGGACCGGUUGUGACAUCAGCGAAAUUGAUUUUUCGAGAAAUCGGUCUACUGAAUCUUGGCUGGGAUGAUCCCAUCCCCGAUGUUCUCACUGCAAGGUGGCGUGAAUUCCGAUCUCAACUACCAAAAUUGAAUGACCUAGAGAUACCGAGAUGGAUACUCAGUGAUGGACCGAAUCUCGUGGAACUCCACGGGUUUUCCGAUGCGUCAGACCAAGCGUAUGGGGCGUGCUUGUAUACGCGUCUCAUUCACCCGAAUGGCACUGUCACGAUGAAGCUUAUAUGCAGCAGAUCGAGGAUUUUACCGAAGAAGACAGGAAAACUGAAACCAAUAACUACGCCGCGAGCCGAACUCCUUGCUGCUUUGCUUUUAUCCCGAGAGGUAGCGAAGAUAAUCAAUUCGGUCAGUAUCAAAUUUGAUCGUGUUACGCUGUGGAGCGAUUCACAAAUCGUACUAUGUUGGAUUCGGAAAUCGACAUCUGAUUUACAAUUAUACGUAGCGAACCGAGUGAUUGAAAUUCAAAAACUAACCCGAGAAUAUCAAUGGCAGUAUAUUUCCUCAUUCGAUAAUCCUGCCGACAUAAUAUCGAGAGGUGAAAUGCCUCAGAAUCUUAUCCACAGAUACAUUUGGUGGAAUGGACCAACUCAGUUAAACCAAGACACAGUAAGGGUUAUACAACCGCCACCUCUGCAAGAUGAAUAUCUACCUGAAAUGCGAACAUGUUUAGCACUUAUUGUCCCCCUGUAA